AUCUGAGUUGCUGUAACCAGACCUGCUUAGUGCGGCGGCAUACUCAUAGCUUUUCACUUGAAACCGAUACCGUAGAUCGAUAACGUCGGGCACGGGGCCGCGGAAUCGCGCGACGAGAUGUCGCUUCUGUGCCCUUGACGGCACAACCUUCCUUCAACUUCUGAGCUCAGUCUGUAAAGGUUGCGUUCUGAAGGCAACAUGGCCUGCGUAGCAAGGGCCGCUGCGUGCGGGCCCGCGCAGCGAAGGUCAAUAGACUAUAAGCUGACGAAGAGCAGGAGCUGCGCCCAGCAGACUCGAGCUAGGCUCAAGAGCGAAAGCGAAACCACCAGUGACAGCGACACCGCCGGUGCUGCCGAGGAUUCGCAUGGCGGGCAAAGGCCAGGCCCAGCUUUUGCGCAGCAGCACCAGGGCGGCUGGCUAAAGCUUCACAGUGAAGUUGAAGCAGCGACAGGUGCCUGCAGCGUCUCCUCCGGCUCGCUGACUUCUGGGACCGUGCCAAACGGGUGCGUGUUGACCCGCACCACGCUCGGCGGCGAUGGCGCUGACUCCCUCCAGCCCCGCGCGAGCCCCCCGUCCGGGCAGGAGCUAGCGUCCUCCUCAUCAAUCGCUGACUCUGCGACCAGCAACGGCAGCCACCCUGCGUCAGCAGCAGCUGCGCCGUGCUACCCCCCAGCAACAUCGCCAGCAGCCGAACAGCGGCCGUCUCCGGUCUGGUCCGACCUGCUGGGUGCUCGGCUCCACAACUACGUUUCCGAGCUACGCGAGAAGGCAGCCGCCCGCGACUCCGACGGCACCGAGUUCACCACUGCAAUUCUACAGCACCAGCUGCUGCGCCUGCAGCGCCGCAGCCCGCACGGCUCCGUCUCCGCGCGCGAGAUGGACGGCCUCAACCGCCGCCUGCGCAUCCACGGCGCCGCGGCGGCGGCGGCAGCCGCCGCCGCCAUCAGCCGUGCCGCGCGCAGCGGCGGCACCGCCGCAGGCGGCGCCGGAGCCGCCGCCGCCGCCGCGGCGGGGCUGGGCCUCAUCAAGGCGGCGCCGCGCGGCGGCCUGCCGCCUGGGUACCGGCUGGUUCGAGACGCGCUGUUGGAGGCGGCGAGAGGGGAGCUGCUGGAGGGCAUCAAGCGGGUGUCGGCGGCGCAGAUCGCGGAGGGACUGAUGGCCACCGCGCCGCCGCCGCCUACCAGCCUGGUGGGUGCCGGCGGCGCAGGCGGACUCGGAGGAGGAAGGGGUGGCGCGGGAGGCGCUGGCGCGGGACUGGCGCUGAACACCAUCUACACAGGCACCAUGGACGUCAAGGGCAACGCGCGCGCCUGCCUGCCCGGUCGCGCGGCUGUGAUGGUGGGCGUGCUGGGCCUGCUGGCACUGGAGCCCGCCUGGGUCCUUCCCGCCCUGCCGCCGCCCAAGCUGCCCGCCGGCCGCGCCGCCUCCCUCGCCUCCUCCGCGUCGUCCGCCGCCUCCAACCCUCCUGUCUUGCUGGGCGCCGGCAGCGGCGGUGGCGGCGGCAGCAACAGCAGCACGACCAGUAUCGCGCUGCUUGGUGGCGGCGGGCGCGGGCAGCACCUGUCGGCAGCGGUGGCGCUGGCGGACGCGUUGCUGAGGCACCGCGGGCUGCCGCCACUGCCAUACCACGAACUGCGCAUGCUGGUGGUGGUCAUUGCGCUGCUGCAGGAGCACCCGGACCUGGUUGACCCAAUCAGCGGCGGCGCGGGCUGUCCCGCCUGGGGCCUGGCCAGUGCGCUGGAGCUGCUGGUGCCGCUGGCAGGCGUUCUGGCCACCAGCCCUGUGUGCGGCAUGGCGGGCAGCGGCGACGCCGUGGCGCACGCCCGCACCGCCGGACCGCUGGUGCGCAUGCACGUGGCGGCGGCGCAGGCGGCGCUGGCGGCAGCCACCCUGACGCAAAGCAUGGCGAGCAAGCAAGGCAAGGGCGCAUCCACGGUGGCCUCGCAUUGCGGCAGCGGCGUUACUGCGCGGGGCCGCAGUAGCACCUGCAGCAGUAGCAGCGCCGCUACGACCACUUCAGCCACCAGCACCACCGCCGGCAGUAGCACCAGCAGCAGCAAUGGCGCCUCAUGCGGCGAGGACGGCCCAGAGGCCGGCGACGCCGCGUUGGCCUCGGGCUCGGGCCCGGCUGCUCAAGCUGGUUUGGACCCGCGCCUGUUUGUGCGCGAGUACGUGCGCUGCAUGAAGCGGCAGGCGGAGCGCGUGGCACAGGACGGGCUAGAGGAGGCCCCGCUGUGUCUGUGGGUGGCGGGCCGCCUUCCGCAGGCGCUGGCGCCCUUUCUGGAGCUGGGCGGGACAGCUACUGGCCCGGCGGUGGCAGCGGGCGGCGCGCCGGGCGUGCCGCUGCCGCUCGGGGGCCGCAGUGGUGCCGGCGGCGGCGGUGGCGGCGGCCCUGGUGUGCUGCGGCUGACGGGGGCGGUGCGGCGCGACCGGCUGCUGCGGUACGAGCUGCUGCGCACGGUGCUGGCCACCGGGCUGGACGGGGCGCCCCGUAGCGUGCAGGCUGUGGGCGGCGACGCGAUGAAGGCGCUGCUCAUGUCGGCGGCUGUGGUGGGCUACCUGCGCGGCGGCUCGGCCUGGGAGGCGGAGCAGAUACUCAACAGCACCCACAGCUCCUCCACCACUGCCACUGGCACUGGCAUCAGUAGCAGCAACAACGGCAGCAAUACUGGGAGCGGUGCUAGCAGCAACGGGAGCAGCAAUGGUAGCGGCAGCCUGAGCCCGGGCGGCAAGGCGGCGGGCGGCGCCGUAGUGGUGCGCGGUGUGGACGAGGGCCCGGUGGGUCUGCGGCUGAGCAGCAGCGCGGCGCUGCUGGCGGAGCACAGUGCGGCGGCGGCGGUGCGGGGGGACGCCUCCCAGGCAGGCAGCAUACGCCAACGCCAGGAGCAGCUGCUGCUGUCCUCCUCCCGCGCCUCCGACCCCUCUGUGCCGGGUCUGGUGGCGGCCAGUCUGGUGCCGUGCAGCACUGCACACCUGCUGCACUGCCGCGCGCUGAGGGAGGGGCCGCUCACCAUCGAGGUGAUGGCGACGGCGGGUGUGGUGGAGGCGCCGCGCGACCCGCACGCCCAGCGGCGGCUGCGGGAGCGGGUGCUGGAGGCGCUGCGGGAGCGGCGGGCGGUGCGGCUGCAGUGCCUGUCCGGGCCCACCGUGGAGCUGGCCAUGCUGGUGCUGGCGCAGGUGUGCAGCGACAUGCGACUGGACGGGCUGGACGUGUUGGUGGUGCCGGAGCUGGACCCGCCUGACGACCAGCUGCCCGUGGCCGUGGCGGAGCUGCUGGGGAGCCUGGUGCAGCCCCUGGGCACUGGAGGCAGCAGCGGCAGCAGCGGGGCGCUGGGGACGUCCUGGCGGCAGCAGGCGCUGGCGGCGGGCGGCGUGUCCGCGGAGGCGGGCGCCGACGUUGAGCCUGACGCGUGGAGCCAGCCACUGGCGGCCGCGGAGCCGGAUGCCGCGGAUGCCGCAGCCUCGGCCGCAGGCAGCGCUGGCGCCAGCGUCAGCUCGGCGCGGGGCGGCACAGCCGGCGGCGGGCUGCGGGACGGCUGGCGGGUGCUGCGGCGCGCGGGCAUCAACCGCGCCGCCUGUGCGCUGCUGGGCGUGGCGGGCGUGGGGAGCUCCAACGAGGCUGAGGAGGCGGAGGCUCUGGACAGGCGCCUGCUGCAGGACUUCUACCCGGGGCUGCUGGCCGCUAUGCGCAGGGCUGCCGGAGCCGGUGGCGGCUUCGGAAGCGGGCUGGGGCUGGGGCUGGGCCUGGAUUUGGAGGCGGGGGCUGGGACGGGGCUGGAGGGCGGGGACGGGCUGGAGGAGGAGCUCCUGAACGCGGCGGGGCGGGAGUAUGAGCGGACCACGGCGCGGCCGCGGCUGUGCGACGUGCCGGAGCGGGUGUGGGUCACGUUGUGCGUCAUGAUCUGCGCGCCUGGCCGGAUGGGUGCGCCCGGACGGCCACUGCCUCUUCAGGAGCCGCCGCCGCCGGGCUCACCGGUGGCGACGAGCAAGCGGCAGCAGGCGCCUGUUGCGGGCGCGGGCACGGCUGCGGCUGCGGCUGCGACUGCGACAGCGGCAGCAGGGGCGGCGGCCGGGGCGGGAGCGGAGGCCGGGGGUCAGCUGGGCGUCGCCGCGGCUGGUAAGGCAGCAGCCGCUCGGGCAACCGACCGCCGGGCCGGAGCGGGGCAAGGCUCUGGGGCAGCGGCAGGAACUUCCACGGCUGGCACGGCGGCUCGCCGGACCGUGGCUCUGUAGGCAGCCGGGUCGGCUGGGAGCUAGGGCUUUCCACGAAAGUGCAACGUGUCUACAAAAUGACUAACGGCAAGCGAGAUGGAUUCUUCCUGGCAGGUCACGUAAGGAAUGUGGGUUGCUGUGCGAUGCAGUAACGGCACUGCAACAACGCAGUGGCGCAGCAGGCUGUCCUUAAUCUUGUGAGCAUUUGUUCGAGCAUGACGGACAGUGACAGAGCGUACGAUGGGACAGCACAUGCAACAACAUUUAGACGGACGCAGCACCACCCGGUGCGGCUCGUGAUAUGAGAUGUGUUGUGAUGUACGUGUGCGGGCAUUGUUCGGGAGUCUUUUCGGACCGCAUGUAGCAGCGCUGCUUUUGGCGGCGCUGCCACAGCCUCUGUGCAGUCAUCUAGAGUGAGAGGGCACAUGCACGGGUAGUUUCUCUGCUGCGGAACAGCACCUGGUCGCCUGACGCCUCGUACAUUUCGGGGCCUGGAAGGUAGCACUGUUGGUGGGUUUGACUGUGUUGCGGGUUUGGCACUGCGCGGGGCGUAGAAAAUGAUCCGUGUGCAGCCCGCACUGCGAUGCAGGGGGGUGCUUCUUGCAUUCCCGCGCAGUUUGUGCGGCGUGCCGAGACAUGCACUCGGAUUAUCCUGCAACCUCAUAGUUCUUUAACACAUUAUUGCUUUUAGUGCGUCCUGAUAUUUUGGCGUGCAUGGCAGGCGUGCAUUUGAGGUAACAGCUAGGGCGAAGCAGUGCGUCGGGUACGUGGUGAGUGUGGGAUAAGGUGGCGGUUGCAAACGGGUCACCAGCCUCCGUAAGCCGGGGCUGCGUACCAAGGGUUCGAUAUGGUUGUUAUGUUGCCCACGCAAGUAU